UCUAAGGGUACCAUAUACUAUUUCAUGACUUUAGUUUACUUAAACAGUCGACUUUCUUUUAUGGCAUUGAUCAGAAUAAUUAUUUGAGAAAUAGUUGGCGUUUUAAAUUAUUUUGAUAUUUCUGAGUGAUUGUGUGAGUUUCUUUCAUUCAUAUACAAUGAAGCUCGAGUAUCUGCUGAUUCUGGCUCUGACCGAAAGCGCCCUGGUGCAAACCUGUCUGCCUGGAUACAAGCUGAUCAAAAGGAACGGGUGUGUAGAUGAGGAUGAGUGUGUGUAUGAGGAUCAAAUUUGUGGAGAUAAUGCAGAAUGCUUUAACACUAAUGGCGGCUACUACUGUCAAUGUCAUGAAGGCUUCAAGCCACCUGGCAACUUUACAGCAAACAAUUCAAUAACAUGCCAAGACAUCGAUGAAUGUUUGGAGAACAGCAUCAAUUGUGGUUUUAACGCGGAGUGUAUAAAUGCUGAUGGAAGUUAUACAUGUGUGUGUAAUAUGGGCUACACUCCCAGCACUGGAGCACAGACGUUUAUUGUCAGACAAGGUGUUGAGUGUAUUGAUAGAAAUGAGUGUCUAGAUUCUGAUUUAUGUGGAAAACAUGCAUCAUGUCAUAAUACCCCUGGCGAUUACUAUUGUACAUGUGCUCCGGGCUUCAGACUAAAGUCAGGAGGGACUAACUUCACUGGUGACACUUCAGAGAGCUGUGAGAGUGUGUGUGACAUUGAUGCAUCUAUCUGUGGAGGAGGAUCCUGCAAAAUUGGCAAAGACGGCCAUGAAUGUGUGUGCAAGUCGGGAUUCACCAACUAUGGACACAAAGAAACGAAAUGCACAGUUUCAGGUUUAAAUAUAACACCGCUUACAAACUGCUUGGGAACCUCAUGCAUACAGAAUGUGCUUAACCACAUAGACAAUAAACCAGCUCUUCCUUCUGAGGAUGUGAUCAAUCUUUUGCACCUGGUCCUUAAUACUUUAAAGAACAUUUCUAGCUCAUCUUUAGUUGACCCAAAGAAUCUGGUGUCACAAGUAAACCUUGUAUUAAAUGUCAUUGAGAAGCUCGUCUCCGAGUUGGUGAAGACAACAAACACUUCAAACUGUAUCUAUUUCACUCUUGAUUUUGUAGAGGCAAUGAUCUACAUGGUUGGACCACAGAUGACCUCAAAUAAAAUCCUUCAUCUCAACACAACAAAUGCUUUUAUGGACAUUGAUCUCAUUGGGAUUGCCAAGAAUAACCUUGAUACAAAAUCAGCUGCUAUGGCCUUUAUGAGCUAUAACACAAUGGAGAAUCUUCUGAAGGCAGAAUUUUUCAACCCAUCAACUGCAGCAAAGAAAACCAUGAUGUCCACUGUCAUCUCAGCUACUCUUCUUAAUACCUCAAACACACAGCUCACAAAACCAGUCAACUUCACCUUCAAACACAUCAGAGAGUUUGUCUUAGGAAACAGUCUGUUCUGUGUGUACUGGAAAAACACUGAGUGGAUUGAAGACGGUUGUUCUGUUUUAGAGACCAACAGCAGCUACACUGUGUGUUCAUGUGUUCAUCUGUCAACAUUCGCUCUCAUCAUGCAGACCAGCAGCAGCCCACCAGAGGAUGAUCAGUGGAUGAAUCUGUUGAAUGUGGUGGCUGUGAUCGUGGGCCUGGUGUUUACUAGUUUAGCUCUGUUGACUUUUGCUUUUGGUCGAUGGAAACCUGGCGUUAACAAUGUCACUCGAAUCAACCUCUGCAUCAGUCUGCUGUCGGCUCAUCUUCUGUUCUUACUCACACAACAGUUCCUCAAACACAUAAAGACUCACCAGGUGUUGUGUGGCAUGCUGUCAGGAUUUCUUCACUUUCUCUUUCUUUCCUGCUUUGUGUGGAUGUUCAUUGAAGCUGUGCUGCUUUACAUCUGUGUGAGGAACCUAUUACAGAUCAGCUUCGGUCAGAGGGCGGUCCUUAGCAGCAGAUUCUUGAUUGUGAUAGGAUAUGGGAUUGUUCUGGUAAUUGUGUGCAUAUCUGUUGGUCUGUUUCCUGGAGGCUAUGGCAGUGACAAAUGCUGGCUGAAAGAGGAGAAAGGCUUCAUAUGGAGUUUCCUUGGACCUGUUUUCUUCAUUCUGGCAUUAAACACGAUUCUCUUCAUAAGUAUGAUCAUUACUCUGAAUUCAACCCUCACAAAGCUCAACGCUGAAGUUUCACGGAUAAAACACACCAGGAUUUUGGUUUUUAAAACAAUGGCUCAGUUUGUGGUUCUUGGCUGUCCCUGGAUUCUGAGUUUCUUUACCAAACACAGUAAGAUGAUGGAGAUUCUCUUCGUGAUCCUGAACUCACAGCAAGGCACCUUUAUCUUCCUGAUCCACUGUGUCCUCAAUAAUGAGAUCAGACGGCAGUAUGUGAAGUGGAUGAGAGCUCUUUUCCAAAACCAUCCAAUGUAAACCUGAAAAGCACAGAGGACCUUAACUUUAUUAGAUAUGCAAAAAACAGCUCAAAACAUAUCUGUUCCGCAAUUUUUUGACUAACCAAUAACUCUGUAUAUCUGUCUGUCAAAAUCUUAUUGUUCAUUCUCUCCUUUGCUUACUCCAGCUUUAAUUCUCCUAGUGGCAUGGCCUGGUAAACUAAAGGUACUGUUUAGCGUGUUGACAAAAUGUUUAUAUGCUCUCCUAUUUGAAAGUGGCUUUAGAUAAAAACAUCUGCCAGAUGAAUAAAUGUAAAAUAAAUGUAACAUGACAAAGUGUUGAAAAAUGCUUGUAGUUUUAAAAUA